UAUACUCUACGCAUGACAGUGUUCUGUCUUCCUGUUUGCUCGUGGCUAGAGGACGUUGGAGUCACAGAGGAGAGCGGCUCGUCAGUCAUUUUUAUUUAUACAAAAGUAAAGAAAGAAGUAGCUAACAAAAAUGUUUGCCCGUGCAGUGAGACCGACCGUGAGCUUGGCUCGGAGCCUUUCCACCUCGUCGCAGAACCACGCCAAGGUGGCGGUGCUGGGAGCAUCAGGCGGCAUAGGCCAGCCGCUUUCUCUGCUUCUCAAGAAUAGCCCCCUGGUGAGUCACCUCUCCCUGUAUGAUAUCGCCCACACCCCCGGUGUGGCUGCAGACCUCAGCCACAUCGAGACUAGGGCCCAGGUGACCGGCCACAUGGGUCCCGACCAGCUGAAUGCUGCUCUGCAGGGCUGCGAUGUCGUGGUCAUCCCCGCCGGUGUGCCCAGAAAACCUGGCAUGACCCGUGAUGAUCUCUUCAACACCAACGCCACCAUUGUAGCCACCUUGGCCGACGCUUGCGCCCGCAACUGCCCGGAAGCCAUGAUCUGCGUCAUUGCCAACCCUGUCAACUCCACCAUACCUAUCACAUCAGAGGUCAUGAAGAAGUAUGGCGUUUACAACCCCAACAAAGUGUUUGGUGUCACAACCCUGGACAUUGUCAGAGCAAACGCCUUCGUAGCAGACCUCAAAGGCCUUGACCCAGCUCGUGUCAAUGUGCCAGUGAUUGGAGGUCAUGCUGGGAAGACCAUCAUUCCCCUCAUUUCCCAGUGCACACCAAAAGUGGAGUUCCCUGCUGACCAGUUGGCUGCUCUGACUGGUAGGAUCCAGGAGGCCGGCACGGAGGUGGUGAAGGCUAAGGCCGGAGCCGGAUCUGCUACCCUGUCCAUGGCCUACGCUGGCGCCCGCUUCACCUUCUCCGUCCUGGAUGCCAUGAAUGGAAAGGAGGGUGUGGUGGAGUGCGGUUAUGUCAGGUCUGAGGAGACAGAGUGCAAGUACUUCUCCACACCUCUUCUCCUGGGGAAGAACGGCAUCGAGAAGAACCUUGGACUGGGCAAGCUGACUGCCUUUGAGGAGAAGCUGGUCGCCGACGCCAUGGAUGAGCUGAAGGCUUCUAUCAAGAAGGGGGAAGAUUUUGUGGCUAAUAUGAAGUGAACAGGGGACAUUAAGUCAGUUUAAAAACAGACAAAAGCAGUUGUAAUUGAUCAUUUGUUCCUGACCUUAACUUAAAAGGCAUCCUGGUUUAUUUCAAGAUCUGUCAGUGUUUCCCUUUUUGUUUUAGCAGUGAGAUCAUCUUAAUCAGAAAUCCUGGUUUUAACCAAGGUCCUAUUUGCUCUGUACACUCAUUUUGUUUUGCCCAAACAUGGCUAUAUUUUGCACUUAUGACUUGUGUAAAUACCGUACUGUGACUUGUCUAUAUUUUGCAAAUGUCAAAUUUAACACAAAUUCAUAUAUUUUCAUGUACAGUCUGUAUUAAUGAGGAUUUCUCUGCUUAAUGAAUGAGGAGGAAAUACUGCGAUCAUGCCUGAUGAUACCAAUGUAGAUGUUACUAAUGAGCAAAAUACUCCACUAAUAAACAGUUAAGCUUUAAAAA